AUGCUCUCUCUCUCCCUCUCCCUCUCCCCUCUCUCUCUCUCUCUCUCUCUCUCUCUCUCUCUCUCUCUCGCAAUACAUGUGUAUAUGUAUUUACCAGCUAUUCCUAUAUUACGCUUGGAAAAUCACUGUAUAUCUCUUGCUCUAUCGUUAUCUGCCCCCCUCUCUCUCUCUCUCUCUGCCUAUUUUCUGACACUUUCACUAUUACACUCGCGCUUUCUCUCCCCUCCUCUCUUUGUUUCUCUUAAUCUUUACACGCCCUGCCCUCUCUCUUUCUUUUUGUCUAUCUAUCUAUCUAUCUUCCUUUCAAUUUCUGUAUUUUCUUCUCGUUUUCUUUUUCUCUAUUGUUACUAUCUUUAUUCUACUCUUCCUCUCUCUCUCUCUCUCUCUCCCCCCUCUCCGCUUCUCGCCGCUUACACUGUCCCUAUUUCUACCUACUUUUAUCACAUUUUCUUCUUUCUCAUCCUCCUUUUCUCCAUUCGUCUCUUUUCUUUCUUUUUCCUUUUCUUUUAA